UACCAGUCUCCACCGAGUGGUAGCCUACUAAGAGGGUAGCCUUCUCCUGGCUGCAGUGAAGUCGCCCAGUCAUUAGAUCGGUGAUUGUCUAGCAGGGGAGCCCGAGAGUAAAAUUUGAAGUCUGGUGAAAGUUUUGAGUUUUUUUUUUUUUAAGUUUUUUAUUUUUCUGAGAGUUUGGAAGUGAAAAAAGGCGAAGGAAAGAAACUGAGAGCGCAGGAAUCAGCUGUGUGUCAGGGGCGGGGGCCAGUAUAGGUCAGGGGUGAGGAAACACCCUCAGCGCUCCUUUCUCCGCCUCUCCCUCACCUCUCCCUCUUAGAAGGUGGGGAGGGGAGAACUGACCCCACACUCCCGCAAGUGUUCUCUAGAACUGGGAAUUGACAGCAGCUCCCUCCGGCUCCGCAUAUCCGGCUCCUAAACACCCCCCCUCCCCUCCCGGUCUGGUGGCCAGAGUGCGCUCCUAAUCUUGGAUCUCCCUCUCACACACGAACACACACACACACACACACACACACACACACACACACACACACACACACACGCACUCACUCACACACAGGCAGGCAGGCAGGCAGACAGGCCGACAGGCUAAGGGGCAGCAGCCGUACCGCCUCCUUCUCCUCACUCCUCCUCCUCCUCUUUCUCCACCUCCCCUCACUCCCGGCGUUCGGGCGGCAGCAGUAGCAGCAGCAGCCUCAGCGGCAGCCGCUUCCCGGCAUGGUCUGCUAAGCCAGCCUGACCGGCAAGCUGAGUCCAAGGUUGAGCGAGCGCAAGCGGAGCUACGCCUAGGGAGGAAAAGCAAAAGGCAAACGCCUCGGCCUCCUGGGGAUUGAUUCUCCACCUGGCAGGAGACCCAGAGCGGCGCGGCGUCUUCCCUGGGCUCAGGGGCCGGGCAAAGGUGUCGGUGGGUGCGUGAGAUCAUUUUGGGAGACCCGGACUGGGACCGACGUCGAUCCAGCACGGCGAUGGGGCUCUACGGGGCUGCAGGAGCCGCUGUCCUGGUGCUGCUUGUCGGACACUUCUCUCAGAGCUUGGCGCUGGAGGAAAAAAAAGUUUGCCAAGGAACAAGUAACAAACUGACGCAGUUGGGUACUUUUGAGGACCACUUCGUGAGUCUCCAGAGGAUGUUCAAUAACUGUGAGGUGGUGCUUGGAAAUUUAGAAAUUACCUACGUCCAAAAAAAUUAUGACCUGUCCUUCCUCAAGACCAUCCAGGAGGUUGCUGGCUACGUGCUUAUUGCACUCAAUGCAGUAGAGAAAAUCCCUUUGGAAAAUCUGCAAGUCAUCAGAGGAAAUGUGUUGUAUGAAAACUUUUAUGCUCUUUCUGUGCUAUCCAACUAUGAUGUGAAUAAAACCGGAGUGAAGGAACUGCCCAUGAGGAAUCUACUAGAAAUCCUUAUUGGUGGUGUUCGAUUCAACAAUAACCCAUCUUUGUGUAAUGUGGAGACGAUCCAGUGGAAGGAUAUUGUGAACCCUAUCUACAUCAACAACAUCACCAUAGACAAUAACAGCCAUCCAAAGAGUUGUGAAAAGUGUGAUUCUAGUUGUCCCAAUGGGAGCUGUUGGGGUCCUGGGCCACAAUAUUGCCAGACUUUGACAAAAACCAUCUGUGCCCAGCAGUGCUCAGGACGGUGUCGUGGUAGUUCCCCCAGCGACUGUUGCCACAACCAGUGUGCAGCGGGUUGUACUGGACCCCGAGAGAGUGACUGCUUGGUCUGCCGAAAGUUUCGAGACGAAGCCACAUGCAAAGACAAUUGCCCCUCUCUGCUGCAAUACAACCCAACCACAUACCAGAUGGACGUCAACCCAGAUGGCAAAUACAGCUUUGGGGCCACCUGUGUUCGCAAAUGCCCACAUAACUAUGUGGUGACAGACCAUGGUUCCUGUGUUCGUUCCUGUAAUGCUGACACCUAUGAAGUGGAAGAAGAUGGUGUCCGAAAAUGUAAAAAGUGUGAAGGUCCAUGUAGUAAAGUUUGCAAUGGAAUAGGAAUCGGUGAAUUUAAAGAUGUUCUCUCCAUCAAUGCAACAAACAUCAAACAAUUCCAGAACUGUACCAUAAUCAGCGGUGAUCUGCAUAUCUUGCCCGUUGCAUUUAAAGGGGAUUCCUUCACCAAUACUCCACCUCUGGAUCCCAGAGAACUGAAUAUUCUCAGAACUGUAAAAGAAAUAUCAGGAUUUUUGCUGAUUCAGUCUUGGCCUGAAAACAUGACUGACCUCCAUGCUUUUGAACAUCUGGAAAUUAUACGAGGCAGAACAAAGCAGCAUGGCCAGUUUUCUCUUGCUGUUGUUGAUGUGAACAUAAGUUCCUUGGGCUUACGCUCCCUUAAGGAAAUCAGUGAUGGGGAUGUCAUCAUUUCCAAGAACAGAAGACUCUGCUAUGCAAACACAAUAAACUGGACGAAAUUGUUUGGAACAAAAAGUCAGAAAGCCAAAAUCACCAACAACAAAGAUGAAAGAGAGUGCCGUGCUCUGGGUCAUGUUUGUCAUGAGUUAUGCUCAUCUGAUGGUUGCUGGGGUCCAAAGCCAAGCCACUGCUUGUCCUGUCGCCAUGUGAGUCGUCACAAGAAAUGUGUUGAGAAAUGCAACAUUCUGGAAGGAGAGCCAAGGGAAUAUAUGGAGAAUCUGAAAUGUAUGCAGUGCCACUCUGAGUGUCUGCCUCAAGUGAUGAAUCUAACCUGCACUGGACCGGGUCCUGACAAAUGUAUCCAGUGUGCUCAUUAUAUAGAUGGUCCACACUGUGUGAAAACUUGUCCAGCUGGAAUCAUGGGAGAAAAUGAUACCUUGGUCUGGAAAUAUGCUGAUGCAGAUAAGGUUUGCCAACGAUGCCAUCCAAAUUGUACCUAUGGGUGUGAAGGACCAGGUCUUGAAGGUUGUCCCACACCUGGCCCCAAGAUUCCUUCCAUUGCCACUGGAAUUAUAGGUGGCCUUCUCUUACUAGUGGUGUUGGGCCUUGGCAUUGGUCUCUUCUUUCGAAGGCGCCAUAUUGUUCGUAAACGCACACUGCGCAGGCUGCUACAGGAAAGGGAGCUUGUUGAGCCUCUUACCCCCAGUGGAGAAGCUCCGAACCAAGCUCUUUUGAGGAUCCUAAAGGAGACAGAAUUUAAAAAGAUCAAAGUUCUUGGCUCUGGAGCUUUUGGCACAGUGUAUAAGGGACUGUGGAUUCCAGAAGGAGAGAAGGUGAAAAUUCCUGUUGCCAUUAAAGAAUUAAGAGAGGCCACUUCUCCGAAAGCCAAUAAGGAAAUUCUUGAUGAAGCCUAUGUGAUGGCCAGUGUAGACAAUCCCCAUGUAUGUCGUCUCCUGGGAAUCUGUCUGACUUCCACAGUCCAACUCAUAACACAGCUCAUGCCAUUCGGCUGCCUCCUGGACUACAUACGAGAACACAAGGACAAUAUUGGCUCCCAGUACCUUCUCAACUGGUGUGUGCAGAUUGCCAAGGGGAUGAGUUACCUAGAAGAGCGCCGCUUGGUACACCGUGACUUAGCAGCCAGAAAUGUCCUUGUAAAGACACCUCAACAUGUCAAGAUCACAGAUUUUGGGCUGGCAAAAUUACUUGGUGCUGAGGAGAAAGAAUACCAUGCAGAAGGAGGCAAGGUGCCUAUUAAAUGGAUGGCUCUGGAAUCGAUUUUACACCGUAUUUAUACCCACCAAAGUGAUGUCUGGAGCUAUGGUGUCACCGUGUGGGAGCUGAUGACGUUUGGGUCCAAGCCUUACGAUGGGAUCCCUGCAAGUGACAUUUCAUCGAUAUUAGAGAAAGGGGAGCGCCUUCCUCAGCCACCCAUCUGCACCAUUGAUGUCUACAUGAUCAUGGUCAAAUGCUGGAUGAUAGAUGCUGAUAGUCGCCCCAAGUUUCGUGAGUUAAUCAUAGAAUUCUCUAAAAUGGCCCGUGAUCCCCAACGCUACCUUGUUAUACAGGGAGAUGAAAGAAUGCACUUACCAAGCCCCACAGACUCCAAAUUUUAUCGCACCCUAAUGGAAGAGGAGGACAUGGAAGAUAUCGUCGAUGCAGAUGAGUACCUUAUCCCACAGCAAGGGUUCUUCAAUAGCCCUUCCACAUCUCGGACUCCUCUCCUAAGCUCUCUGAGUGCUACCAGCAAUAAUUCUGCCACAGUGUGCAUUGACAGAAACGGGACUUGUCCUGGAAAGGAAGAAAACUUCAUCCAGAGAUACAGUUCUGAUCCUACUACUGUCUUAACUGAAGACAAUGUGGAUGACAGCUUCCAGCCCGUACCGGAAUAUAUAAACCAGUCGGCUCCAAAAAACCCCACAGGCUCUGCCAUCCAGAACCCUGUUUAUCACAAUCAGCCUUUAAAUCCAGAUGCCUCUAAAGACUCUCUGUACCAAAAUUCACACAACAACAGUGCAGUGGACAACCCUGAGUAUCUCAACACUACCCAGCCCAACUUGGCCAAAAAGGCAUUCGACAGCAAUUCCUGCUGGAACCCAACAGCCAAGCACCCGAUCAAUCUGGACAACCCCGACUACCAACAGGACUUCUUCCCCCAGGAAGCCAAGCCAAAUGGGGUUUUUAAAGUCCCUGCUGCGGAAAAUCCUGAGUACCUCAGGGUAGCAGCCCAACAAAGCGAAUUCAUUCAAGCUUCAGCAUGACCCUUUGCCAAAAGCCUUUCCACUCUUCCACCUUCAUGCUGCCCCAGGACUGAGCUAUGGACAGCCAAGGCAGCAAGCAUGCGGUGUAGCCACUCACUCACACCUUUCCUUUCAAGCCCAUGGGCCAAACAUUGCCACAGUUGGCUUUAAUUUCCUUUGGUACGUUCUGGGGCCUAUCUUCCAUUGGAAUUGUCCCCUUACCUGGGCACAUAAUGGAGUCAAUCCCAGGCAGAAUAUUUGCGAGAGACAAAUUACUGGUGCACUCCUUCAUCUUUAAUCUGUGAGGCUUCCUAAAUCAACAGCAAGAUGCCCAGGGAACAUGUUUUUCCGUUUGUACAGAAGUUGUUAUUUUUUUCUAUGCCGUACAUUUGAAAAAAUAAUAAUAUUGUUUGUAAGCUCUUCUUUUUCUUAAAAGAUCCCAUUGGUACAUUCGUGAAAGAGAUGUUUAUUGACUAUGACAUGCAUUACCCAGAAGUGACUCAAACUGCAUCAAGACAAAGACAAGACAAAGAAGCAGAUGAUGUGAUUAAAGGAAAUGGGUUUUGAGUUUCUCUGACAUAGUCAACUUAACAUUUGAUUCCACUGGCUUUGUCCUCAGCAUCCUUAUUUACAAGCCAGAGGCCAAGAAGGAACACUUCUGGGUUGCUGCGCCAUCAACUCAUGAUAAAAAAAAAAAAAAGAACCAGACCAUGUCGUUCUGGCCACAAGAGUUAUGGAAAUGGAAAGGAAGAAGGCUCUCCCUAUACUUUAUUGUAAAUGUGCCCACGGUACUUCAGGUUGUUAUUUUUUUAAGUGUUUUCUGAUCAUGAAUACUAGUCUGACUCUCCUUUUUCAUUCCCUGUCUUUGCAAGGACACUUGUUAAAAUGUUUUCCCUCAGUGCUUCUAUAAUGGAACUUGGGAAGUGGGGAGGGAGUAAAAACCCUAAAACAAAAACAGCCAAAUGCUGCUGCUCCCUUUUGAAAGUGGUGAAAGAAAACUCUUUGAUCUUUUAAAAACUUUAUUAAAAGGAAAAAAAAAACCCAUUGGAGUUCCCUAGCUGAAAUUAACUAACCUACCACACACACAGGCAAACUUCUCAAAGUGCCCUCCUAGGUGCGGGAUUGGUCCUUAUAUCGACCAAUCCUACACCCAAAGUAAGGGGCGUGGCCCCUCCCUAGCACAGGACUGGUCCAAUUUAAGACCAAUGGGGUUGGGGACGUGGUCCCUCCCUAGCACAGGAUUGGUCCAUUCAAGACCAAUCCCACGCCAGGAAGUAGGAAGGAGGGACCCCUGGGGCAUGCUGGGGAAUGCAGUCCCCUCCCCCAUCACAAUAUUUUAAAACCCAGUUUUUAGCCACCCUUAUUUAGACAAAGCACCUUUCUUUAAGAUGAGAAAUGCAAACAGCAGUUUGCAAGCCCAAGCAAGAACGUGAGUCUCCAUACCCAAGUGUUUACCUAAACACUAAAAUGAAUAUAAACCUAAAAAUGAAGAAAUUCAAAAGAAAAAAUAAUUGAAAUUUUCUAAACACUACUUUAGUUAACCCAUGGAAAUUAGGCCUUAAGUUGCUAAUUUUAUUUUUAAGAAAAUUUAAUAAAUAAGCUACUUUAUUCACUACGUAAAAUAUUCCCUAAUGCAUUUCCCCCAAAAUCCUUUCCUUAACCCUUUUCAGGUUGCAAAAAAUGGGCCCAAUCCUGUGGAAAACUAUAGAGUAUCUUAUAACUCUAUUUCUGUGUGGGGCUCUAUUUUUCAAAGAAGAAAUGCAAAGGCAAUAAUUGAGAGGAUGCAAUAAAAAUCCUUAAUACUAAAUAUUGAAUUUGAAGUUAAUGGCUGUGUCUCCACAAUAGUCCACAAAUAUUUUGUGAUGGGGGAAAUGGAGAUGAAGACCUAAGGUUUGUAAAGAUACCCAAUAUGUAUUCAUUUUAAAAAGGAAGGACUACACCAUGUCAAGACAGCUAAACAGGUUGGAGUAGUUUUUCAAAUGUCUGAAGCUCCUAUCCCACCUGAUCUACUAAAGACAUUAAAUGAUUGGCAGAUAAAUCCUACUAGGACACCAAGUUUGCAAAGAGAGCCCAAGACAAUGUAAUGCCAAACCAAUAGCUGCAGAGCAGCUUCCCAGGCAUGAAUUGGUUCUGAGGUCUUGGUAUUGGGAGCAUAUAAGUGGUCUACCCAUGAAAUUAUGGUCUUACCCUAGAAAGUGCUUCUGUUACUUCAAGAUAAUGGGUGCCCCAAAGAGAGUUUUCUAACAAAAACGUUCAAGCCUGUCUCCUUGGAAAUGCAGUGAAUGUUUCUUUUGUUUCUUAACUACUAGGUAACCAUAUUUCUGACUCAGACCUCAACAUAACAGGUAGAAAUACAAUUUAUAUUAUCUGUUUUAGGCAAGAAUUUUUUUACCUUGAUAGUUAUACUUCUUGCAUUCCCAGAGUUAUCUGGGUAGCUUUUAUCCAUCAACUUUUACUAUUUUCUUUUUUUUAAUGGAAAAAUGAAGCAGUAUUUACAAGAAAAGAUAAUCUUGAGUCAUCAUUGGUAGAUUUCAGUUUUCAUUUUAUCAUUCUAGUCAAGAAAAGUACUUACCUCGUAGUUUCUUAUUAUCAGAAAAGCAACAGUAAUUCAUGUAAUUCUCUCUCAAUAGCUAUUAGAAAAGAAUGACUGAAAUUCAGAUAAAAUAUAGCAAUGAGAAGGCAAGAUGGGUUUUUAAUUUUAUAUUUUUUCCUACCAUAAACUGUAGCGUACUGUAACACUCCCCCCCAACUAAUUAGUUUAUGAAUUCUUCAGAACUUGAAAAUUUCCAGAUACAAAUCUAGCUGAAAUACUCUGGAGAAUUUUAAGUUGUGUGUCAGCAAGUGAUUUUUCACAUAAUAUAUACCUAAUUCAAUAGAAUUGAACAGAAUCUCUUUAACUCCAAGCCUCUAUCCAUCAAAUACUCUACCAUUCAGCAUAAGAUCUGCUGUCCUAUAGGUCAGUCAUGGGGACUGAAGUCAGAGACUAAACUUUAAGGAAGUGGAGAAUGGGGCAUGAAUUUCUGUUUUAAUUGGGGGGGUUAUUAACAUUUAAAAUAUAAAUGUGACGUGGUGAUGGUUCUCACUAAUACCAAACCAUUGAUGCUAACAUUCAUUUUAACAAAACUAUCUCUGCGAUCAAUCAUUCGAUGGCAUCAGUCCAUAUAAAGCAUUCAAAUACAGUUAACAUAGGUGGCACAUUUUUCAAAAUCAGAUGCUAUCAGCACAGGAGUCAAAACCAGAAUGGGAAAACCAAGGCUUUCUCCCAGGAAUGAAUUGUAAAAGAUGUUCCUAGUAUUUGUAGUUCUUCAACCUAGAGAAACAGAACUUGCCACUUUUGUAAAAUAGAAAGAUGCCUGUUAGUAGACUUAAGGGGAGCUUCUUCCCCCCCACACACACUCUGUUCCUUAACCAUUUCUCUAUGCUUUAUUCUCCUAAAUAGGAACUACAUGCCAUUUUCUGAGGAUUUCGUAUCCCCCUCAAUAAAGUUACCUCCUGAAUGAAGGGGCUCAUCUUUCCAUUAACUUAGAUGAAAUUUAUGGCACUUUACUGGAGCACACAAACAGACACACUCACACAUCCUGGUUAUAGCCCUGAAUAGCAUUCAUAUUCCCUCAGCAUAAUGAAAAUCCAUUUCCUCCCCAAUGAGAUGAGCAGGUUGGGUUGCAUAGUCCCUAAAAUCCCGUUAGCUCUAACAAUCUCUAUACCAGUGUCCUUUACAACUCUGUAAUCCAUAAAGUAUGAACGUGGUGCAAAACCUUCAUUAAAUAGAUUAGAAAACAUAAGGUAUCAAUGAUUUGCUAAUAAUUGGAGAAGGCAUUUUCAAAUGAUUUUCCAAACACAAAUUUAAGGUCUGACUUAAAAAAUGACCCAAGAAAGACUAAAUUGCAUUUUGCUUGCCCACGUGAAUGCCAGUGACAUACCUGGACAUCUCCUGAACCCCCAUUCCCUAUGGAUACCGCUGCUUUGUCAUUGUAGGGAUGUUCAAAUCGAUUCCCUUGGUGGUUGAACUAGAAUUACUAAUAGGCAAAUCUAAGACCAUCGGGACCCUAUUUAGAAAGAGGGACACAGUCACUGUGGUUUCCUAGUACUUCUAGAAAAGUCCAGAAAGUGGGUUGAUCCAAAUAGUCAUGGCUGUUAGAAAAAUGCAGGUGCAGAAAGCAGAAAGUAGAAAUGCCAAUGCCUCGUGACCAGCUCAGUUGCCAGCCUCAUUUCCCAAAGACAAAGAGACUCAGAGGAUUUUUCUUUGUAAGCUAAACAAUGUAGUAGGAAGCCGACAGCUGGCACUGAGGUGAUUUCAUUUCUACACAGGGGGAGGCUCCACUCAGUUACCUAAUUCUUGAGCAUUUUCUGUCCUCAUCAAGAAUGAGCAGAAUAAUGUCAUUUGGACCCAAUGGGAAACUCCAAAAUCCUGAGAGAGGUCACCCCACUGAGACUCCGCUGGUUUGGGGUUGAGAUUGGACAACCCAGCCUUAAAGGUUUAAAAUCAGAGGGCUGGCCUGAAUGCUCUCCAGGCUUCAGCCUCAACUUGUCUGAAAGCUAAUUCUUUCAGAUGAACAGAGGCCAUCCAAGAGUUCUUAAAGCUUCCGACGUGUCGUUUGCUUCUUCCCAUGCCUUUGCUCACUUUAUUGACUUUUAAGUCCCAUUAAACUAUCCCCAAUGAUCCACAUUUCUAUCAUUUCAGCCUCCCACCCCAACCUGAAAGGCUGAUACCACUCUAUCCAUCCAUCAUACCCCUUUCCUGUUAUAUGUGUUGAGAUAUUGAUGUAGAAAAUAUGGUGAAAAGUAAUAACCGCGUGUGUAUUUCAUUAUUAGCCUCUUCGUUUGUCAUUUCAGAUAAGACUGUUUUCCCAGGACUUCUUUUUCAGGCUGUCCCUUGAGAGACAUAAAGUUCAAAGAAUAAGGAAAGAUGUAUAAUUCCCUGAGAAAAGAUGGGCACUAUCCUCCUUAGCUCACAUGGUUGUGCUUUCAUCAGUGACUACUCUUACCCAACAGUUGUCAGAUUAAACCUUUGGGCAGCCUUAUCCUGCUUUAACUGGAUGGAUCUAGGUGUUUUUCCUUUCACUGAAUUUACUUAAAAACCUAUGGUUCUAUUCUGACUAAACGUUGUAAAGGGCCUUAGAAGUCCAUUGAGAAAUAUGUAUGAAAAUUAGUCCAUUUACCCCAUGCUCUUGGCAAUAUACUUUUACUACUGAUUUAAAUAAUCCCCCCCCCAACCUCCCAGGAACAAAUUUGGUAGUUAAGCAAGAUGGCAAAGUAUGGCAGAAAAAGACCUGGAAUUUGAGGCCAGGGCCAAGGAUUCUUAUGCUAGUAACUUGUAUGACCUUGGAAAACUCAUUUCACUUAAGGAUUACAGUUGGUUCAUCUACAAAAUAAUAGCUAUCAUAUUACAGAAAUCCAUCACACCCCACCAUAGACCCACCCCAAUCCCCAAGAUCAGGGCAGCAUAAAAGACAUUGACAGUAAUAGGAGAAUUCAUUCAUUGAUUUAGGGUUUAUUCUUAUAUUUGGAUUUAUCAAAAAUAUUGGUUCCUAUAUUGCUUGCUUUUUAUUGCCAUGACUUUAUUCAGUUGUUGGUAAUUAGAGGUGUGUGAGUGUUUGGAAUUUAUCAUUUUUAAGACACCCCCUUUGUACUUCCAGUUUAGGCACAUGUUACAGAAAUUCCUGGUGCAGAAAUGAUAGCAAUAAUAUUUGGUUUUCAUACAGCACUUUAGAGUUUGCAAAGCUCAAGAGAUAGAAAGAGAUGGCUAAGGGUUUGAACCAGUGAUUUUAUUAGUGUAAGAGAUUCUCUUCACCAUUGUAGAGCAACACCUUUCUCUAUAAUUUAAAGUUCAAAAUGAGUCUUAAAGAGGUGAUUAGAAUCUUAAGAAGUUAAGUGACUCUUGCCCAGGACCAUGUAGUCAGUGUAUUUGUCAGAGGUGGGAUUUGAAACCAUGUUUGGGGAUCCCAAGUCCAUCAUUCAAUCCACUAUACCACACUCUGUCCACUUUAUGGAUAUCUACUCCAUCUACUAUACCACACUAUUUAUGAAUGUUAGUAUCCUUUAAAUCUUCCCUUAUAUUUCAGUGUGGAUCUUGAGGGCAAUUAGAGUGGUUUCUUUGGUAGAAUAAUUAGGUGACUCUAAGUAGGACUUCACUGGAGAAAUGGCAAGAUUAUGCACUUUGACAUUUUGUAUUUCCUGAUGGACAAAUACAAAAAAUACAUAUAUAAGCUCCAUUUUUCCGAUGACUACCGAGUUUACUGGAUUUCUCUUUUAAUUUUUUUUCUUCCUUUGGCUUGUGCAGUGAGUAAAUAUAUUACAACAGGACACUAUCCCCUUGGCAAGAGGCAAUAUAAGUACAUAAGAAGAAAACUGUACCAAUUGGGAAUAUUGUAUAUGUUUUAACUGCCAAUGCUCUUGUUUAAGGGGCAUCUUUUUUUAAAAAACUAUUAAAAAUUAACUCCCAAACAGGUUUCUUCUACAAGAAUUUUAUUUUUCUAACUUUGCCAAUACAAAGAAAGACUGCCUGUAAGAAGACACUUGAAAUUUUAGGAUCUUUUUGUUUAUUUUUUUUAAGUUUUUUUUUAGAAAAUCCAUUUUUUUGUGAGAAGAAAAAAAAAUCAUUAAUAGACUCCCAAAGGGCUCCUUUCAUUUAUUUAGCACUUUACUACUUGCUAUCUGCUUUCCUUACAAGAGCCCUAUGAGACAGAUCUUGCAAGAAUAGUUAAACUUCUUAACUGAUAAAGAAAAUGAGGCUCUGAGAACUUAAAUGACUUGUCCAUGAGCAGAAAGCUAGAAAGUGUUUCAGUUGGGAUUUGAACCCAAAUAUUUCCUUGACACUAUUUUGGUGUAUCUCUCCCACUUUCUUUGAGUGAAUCAAUCUGAGCUAUAGCAUCUCUGCCUUAUUAUUGGAGAUAUUGGAGAUGUUGUGGGUGAGGGCUCAGGCCCAAUUACCCAACAUAUGGAGCAGAAAGUUGUUGCUACUUUUCAAAGUAAAAUUUCCGUCACUAAGGUCUAGGGAAGGGAUCACAUUGGGUUUUAGCAUUUCUGCCCUCUAACUUGGUUGGGUUCCAACUGGAUUGAGUCACCUUCACUUGAAACAUUUGUCCUUUUUCUAGAAAUUGAAGUCCCUGUGGUGCAUGCUGUCUUUUAAUUCCUAUAACAGCACUUUAAUAAAUAACAUCCCAUUCCCCAAUAUCUCUCUGUGCCCCUACCCCCACCAGGAGAAAGUGAUAUCACUUUUGGAAGUGAUUUUUCCUUGAUUUUUCCUGAUUUUCCUAAGGAAUUAUCAAGCCAACAAGAGAGGUUAUAUGAGGACACAUAUAUACAUUAUACCUAUAAUAUUAUAUAAAUCAACAAGAAUAUAACAUAUUUGGACAAUUUAAAAAUAUUUCCCAAUGAAUAAGAAUAGAUUUUAAAUGAGUUCCAUUUUGAUGCCUAGCCACUUAGAGGUCCCUAUUCACUGGAUUUGAAUACAGAUUCUAUUGCUAAAGGUACCAGGGUGGCAUUACCAUUUGUUUCCUCAUAUGUAAAAUGAAGGCUUUGGAAUGGAUGAUUUGGGGCGGACUCUCCAACUCUGAAUCCUAUGAUUCUGUGAACCUCAGUCCCAAGUCACUCCAUGCCAGAUUCAGUUCCAUUCACUAUGCAUCUGCCAUGUGCUGGGUACUUUGCUUAGUUCUGGGAUACAGAGACAAAAAGGGAAAUGGUCCCCACCUUUGAGAAGCUUCUAUUUGAUUGUAUCUGCAACCAUGUUGUACAGAAACUAGGAUAGAAUCUUGCAAUUUGGGAAGGGAUGAUUGGGGGAGAAUGGUACGUAAAUUUGCACAGGCAUGUGUAUAAACUAAAAAAAAAAUGGUGGAGAAAAGGGCAGGAGGUGGGUAAUGGUAACCAUAAGGCAGUCUACUAUUUUUUUUUUCUUUUUUGGGAAUUCCAGAAGUAGCUCCUUAUAAAAUUAGGGAAAUAAACUCUCCCUCCUUUGGCUACACAGAAAUUGUUGCCUCACUGUUGUAGGAAGAAAGAAGCUCUUCCUAAAGCUAUCUAAAAACAUUCCACUACUGUGGAGUAAUAGGUGAUAAGACGGGUUUUCAGGUAUGUUACAUUGGUAGUCGAAUGGUUCUCAUGAUGUCAAGUCCAAGAAAGGUAUUCUUGCCCAUAUGAUAAAUGUGUUUUCAAUGUAUUAACUCCUGGGACAAAAAAAAAGAGCAUUAUAUCAUGUUGUAUGUAUAGGGGGAAACCGUCAAUGUUUGUCCAGGACUCCCUAGGUCAUUUUGUCUCUUCUCUCAAACAAAAGAAGCAGCAAGAGAUCACAGUCUUAUCCCUACAACACAUAACACUACAAACAAUUCACAUAAACCCAUUCUCUAUUUUAACAACAAUAUUGUUCAUCUAAUUCGCAUCUAAGAUAGCAGACUUGAGACAUGAUCUGAUUAAUCUCUUGAAAAUUAAUUGAGAUCCCGUGGAUCCACUGACCAGUUUUAGACUGGUAACAGUAUAGGUAUUUACUAACCAGGUAACAAGGUCUUCCUUUUAGGGACUGUUCCAGCAAUAUCUUUGUAGAUUUCUCCAUAUACGGUACUUUUUAACAAUUUAGUUAUGCCAGAAUGAAACACUUUGUACACAUGAGAAGAAGCAAGACUUUUCUAUGGUUUCUACUAUGAAUCAGAAAUACUGGUCGUUUGUAUAUUAAGUGAUGAAAAUAAGGUGUAUAUUAUUCAUUGUUUUUUAACUUUUGAAAACCUAUAUUGUAAUAAUGAUGUUUCCUUUUUCUCCCAAAUAAUGCUGUAUUGUUAAUGGAAUAGAUGAUAGUCACAAAAGACUUAAUGUUGCUGUUUUUAUAUGCUGCAUAUGAACUUGUUUUUAACCAAGAAAAAAAAAAAACUUAGAAUGGAGACAUCUCCAGGAUUCCAUGUACUCAAACGUAGAAACUGUAUUUCUCCCAUGAGUAUUUUGAUUUUCCUCUCUUCAUAUCCAGAAUUAAUGAUUAAAUUCACCAGGUGCAUUCUCAACAAGAGUCUCGAGCUCUAAUAGCAUCUUCCAACCCUACCCUCUCAUUCCUGAUGAAUGUCUUUGGGAAGUGUUCUGUCCCUCCAUGGUUUCUUCCAGCCUUUUGUCCUCCUGGCAGUCUCAGCAGAACUCAGGGAGAACUCUUGAUGGAAGAGAUUUCUUGUUGCAGGCCAAGUUGUUUUUUUUCCUCCUCCCAGUCUUCAAAGGGAACAGAAGUCCCUUUGUAAUCCCGGCCACAAGUUCUGAAACCCAAAAGGGAUUCCCAUUCUGAGCUCCUGAGGAACAACAUCAGAUAGGGCCACACAAUCAGCCAUUCACCAGAUGAAUGCUUUUUUUUUUUUUAAUGGGUUUGUGCUUAGAUUGUCCUUGUAAGAAUAUCCCCUCCAGUGCAGCACAAGACACCAGGGAGGGUGAACAUUAAUAAGGAAAACCAAAAGCAGCCCCAAAACUUACACAUCAAAGAAAUCAAUCAGAAGCCUCUGGCCGGAGGAGGGAAAAACAAUCCCUAGAAUGUGAAAUGGAGAAAAAGUAACUGAAACUUCUGUUCAGUCUUCUGCAGAGAAGCCACAUAUUGGUUCUCCUUUGAACAAGCAUUAAUCUUUAACCUAGUAAAUUCAGAAGAGUGACUUCUUAUAUGGUACGAACUGGCGGAGGGAAAGUUCAGCUCCCUUCACUCAUGUUAGUGGUAACAAGGCAGUGGGGCAUAGGCUUAGGUGUAAAUUCAUCCUCCUCUUUUAGAAGAUGGAAACAGACCAAUUUACAGAAGGAUCUGAGUCAGCAAGAUGGUUAAUGGCAAAAGAUUGAGCACUGGGGAAUGUGGUUCAUAAAAUGAGCUAUGGAGAGAGGAAAUCACCUGGAAAUUUCUCUAGUAUAUUAGCAAUGCUUAACAUUUUUAUUUUAAUAAAUACUUGGGAAAAUAAA